AUGCCCACAAUAACCCGCCGCAUGUCCCGCGCCCUGAGCGAGGAACACCUCGCAGCACCUCCACCACCAACUCAAGCAGACAAAGAAACUCAAUCAUCUUCCAAGCCAGGAGCGGCAAACGACGCACCAUCUCAACAUCCAGCUGAAGAGCCAGCCAGUGUUGCUGCUGCUGGAAUUGAAAAACAGGCUAUUUCCGUGCAGACAGCUCACACCAUUCCGGCCGAAGAAGAAGAACUCCAACAUCAAGCCAUCGAAGAGACAGAUGAGCUGGAGGAGCAGGCAGAAUUCGAAGACAUGGACCUCGACGAAGUAACAGAAGCCUUGCACCGUAGAGACAGCAGUGCCCUCUCGGACACCUCCGACGGAGAUAUGUCCCCUGCGGCUUCUUCACCCGGCAGCAAUGAUGAUGAUGAUGAGGAGGAUGAUGACCUCACCCACACGCCUGCAUUCGAGCAAACGUCAGUCCUGGAAAUCAUCGACGACAACGACGACAAGGCCAAGGAAUCCUCUUCCACACUCCUUGAUGGCAGUAAAAUCACGCCACGCGAAAUGACUAGUCUCUCCGCCGCCGCGGCCGCCGCUGCAACCGCCAAUACUUCUACUCCGUCAGUGCAGUCCCAACCCUCUCAGCCAAAAUACGAGUCCAUCUACAUACCGCCGCCCCGACCUCAAGACGAACUAGGCCCGCCGAUUACCUAUCGAUGCUGGAAUCCUCGCUCAGAUGGGGCAUGGGACGGCAAAGGCAACAGGGUGAAAUGCACGGCCGAGAUGCAAAUACGGGUUGGAGAGCCCAUAAGGUGUAGGGUUUGCGGGUCGAGAGUGUUGAUGAAGACAAGGACGAAGAGGAUGAUGCUGUUUGAGGCUAGAUAGACUUAUAUACACGCUAUGAGUAGACGUUGUCUUGGAUAGAUCGGUUUGUUUUAUCUUGAAAUACAAAUAUCAUACACGCCUGUAUACUACUUCUCCCCGGAUCCCUUCUUUACU